AUGGCUUCCCAGCCCUUGCCUUCCUGCCCCGUGCUGCAGAGGGAAACGCUGUUCCGGUCAGAUGAAUACAACUACCGGAUCCCGGCUCUGCUCUACCUCCCUCAGCAGAAGACCCUGCUGGCAUUCUCAGAGAGACGACUGAGCAAGAAAGAUGAGCACGCGGAUCUGAUUGUCCUGCGCAGAGGAGAUCAUGACACGUCCACCCAUCAGGUUCAGUGGCAGGCUCCGGAGGUGGUGGCCCAAGCCCAGCUGGUGGGUCACCGGUCCAUGAACCCAUGCCCCUUGUAUGAUGAGAAGACAGGGACCCUUUUCCUCCUCUUCAUUGCCGUUCCGGGGCAUGUCUCAGAACACCACCAGAUCCACACGAAGGUGAACAUGGCACGGCUGUGCCAGGUCACCAGUGCUGACCACGGCAGGACCUGGAGCCCUGCCACCGACCUCACAAGCACGGCCAUCGGCUCUGCCUACACGGAGUGGGCCACCUUCGCGGUGGGCCCGGGCCACGGCCUGCAGCUCCGCAGCCAGCCCCAGAACCUGGUGCUGCCGGCCUACGCCUACCGGAACCACCCUUCCGUGAGGUCUGUGCCCUUCGCCUUCUGCUUCCUUAGCGACGACCACGGGCGCACGUGGAAACGAGGGCAGUUUUUGGCCCAGGAAUCCCUGGAGUGCCAAGUGGCUGAAGUGGAGCUGGGGGAGCGGAGCGUGCUGUAUCUCAACGCCAGAAGCUUUGUGAGAGCCAGGGUCCAGGCCGAGAGUGUCAACGGCGGCUGGAACUUUCAUCGGUCCCAGUUAGUGAAGGCGCUCGUGGAACCUCACCACGGCUGCCACGGGAGCGUGGUCUCCUUCCCCAGCCCGGGCGCAGGGUCAGGCUCCUCGGAAACAUGGCUUCUCUACACUCAUCCUACUGACCCAAAGCAGAGGGUCAACCUGGGCGUGUACCUCAACAAGCAGCCCCUGGACCCCACAACCUGGUCGGUGCCUUCACUGCUGGCCACAGGCAACUGUGCCUAUUCUGACCUGCAGAGCAUGGGGACUGGGCCUGAUGGGGCGCCCCUGUUCGGGUGUCUGUAUGAAGCCAAUAAUUACGAGGAGGUGGUUUUUGUCCUCUUCACCCUGAAGCAGGCCUUCCCAGCUGCGCUGUGA